AGUCAAUACCAAUCCGCAAUUAUAUUUCAAAACGCGUUUAUAUUUCAAAGUCCACAAUUUUGAGCUACUACGAAGAAAAACAAAAAUAAGAACUCUGAUUUUUUACCAGUUUCCAAUGGUGCUGGACCUGGACAGACUUUUGGUGGCCAAAAUUAACAGUUUCCCCUUCAAUUAUUUCACGUAGAUAUAGAUGAAAACGCGUUUAUAUUCCAAAGUCCGGUCAAUUUGAGCUACUACCAAUUCACAAUUACAUAUAAAUUUUUCUUCAUGCGUUUUCUCAUCCACGCUACACCAUGCUGUCCCAAAUGGGUUUGCAUAAUUCGGCAAGUCUCUGUUUCGGAUUAUCACUGUUUACUAUAUUUGCUCUUAAUACAGGCGGUUCAGGAGUCCCAGCAAGCUCAGCUCCUUCUCCAAGCUCUUCUCCAAGAGUGAUAAUGGGUCCUGUUUCCGCCUCAGGAACAAUCAGCAAUCCUAGCGUCGGUUCUGCACCCCCAAGUUCAUCCAACUCCCAAGACACACCCUCUUCAUCCCCUGCACCAACGACUGCGACCCCUCCAAGUUCUGCUGUUGCAGACCCUCCAGAAGGAAGCAAGAACUGGAUAGGAUUACCAAUUGGGAUUAUUAAUGCAGCAUGUGCUCUAAUUUUUGUCUUGGGUUUAACUCUUUUUAUAUUUUGCAGAAAGAGGACAAAAAAAGAGGUAGAUGUUCCUGUCUUUGAUGUGUCAUUCAAAGAUGAAUUCCCGAAUGGCAUGGGACCUAGAAAGUUCUCUUAUGAUGAAUUGGCUAAAGCAACAAAGAAUUUUGCAGAUGAGGAGAAACUUGGUGAGGGAGGAUUUGGAUCAGUUUACAAAGGUUUCUUGAGGGAUUCCAAUACAAAUGUAGCUAUCAAGAGAGUAUCAAGGGAGUCCAAACAAGGGAUCAAGGAGUAUGAAUCAGAAGUGAAGAUUAUUAGCCGUUUGAGGCAUAAGAACUUAGUGAAGCUUGUUGGAUGGUGCCAUGAAAAGGAACUUUUACUUGCUUAUGAGUUCAUGCCUAAUGGCAGUCUGGAUUCCCAUCUCUUCAAGGGAAGAAGCCUCUUACCGUGGAACCUUCGCUACAAAAUUAUCCAAGGCUUGGCAUCAGCUCUCUUGUAUCUGCAUGAAGAAGGAGACUUCUGUGUGCUACAUAGGGAUAUUAAAACAAGCAACAUUAUGUUAGAUUCAACUUUUAAUGCUAAGCUUGGUGAUUUUGGUUUAGCUAGGUUAACUGAUCAUGCAAAAGGAUCACGAACAACUUUGUUGGCUGGGACUAUAGGUUACAUGGCUCCUGAGUGUCAUAGAACAGGCAAGGCAAGCAAGGAAUCAGAUAUUUACAGCUUUGGAGUUGUGGCUCUUGAAAUUGCAUGUGGAAGAAGGUCUAUAGAGUCUAGAUAUGAGGAGGAUCAAGCUUCAUUAGUGGCUUGGGUGUGGCAAGCUUAUGGGAACCAAAGGCUUCUUGAUGUGGUAGACAAUAAACUUUCUGACGCUUUUAACGUGAAAGAGAUGGAAUGUUUGUUGAUUACUGGCUUAUGGUGUGUGCAUCCUAUUCAUAUUAUGAGACCAUCAAUCAAACAAGCAAAGCAAGUGCUCGAUUUUAAGGCGGCACUGCCAACUCUUCCAACUGAAAUGCCUGUUCCCCAGUAUGAUAUUCCUAUUACUCCGAUCAUCCAAACAAGUGAGCCACGCUUAUCCAACAUAAGCAUUACUAUGCCUCGCUAAUUUUCAUGCAAUGCCUGAAAAGAGAACUCAUUUCAUAAUAAAUAAGGGUAAUUAUUAUUGGAUUUUAAUAUAGGAUUUUUCUAAUA